CGGCAAGGAAUCUGGAGCCGGCGGCGUUGGGUUGGUUCUGUUUGGUUUAGCUCGGAAGCUUCGUGUUUGCUCCGUUUUUUCUGGAAACCCACCUUUGCUCUAGGCUGUGGCGAACAGCGUCCCAGAAGCCUGUGUGAGUCCGCCAUGGCAGAUACGGCCCCGAACGGCCCCCAGGGGGCGGGCGCAGUGCAAUUUAUGAUGACCAAUAAACUGGACACGGCUAUGUGGCUUUCUCGCCUGUUCACAGUUUACUGCUCUGCUUUGUUUGUUCUGCCUCUUCUUGGGUUGCAUGAAGCAGCAAGCUUUUACCAACGUGCUUUGCUAGCAAAUGCUCUUACUAGUGCUCUGAGGCUGCACCAAAGAUUACCGCACUUCCAGUUAAGCAGAGCAUUCCUGGCCCAAGCUUUGUUAGAGGACAGCUGCCAUUACCUGCUCUAUUCUCUCAUCUUUGUCAACUCCUACCCGGUUACAAUGAGUAUUUUUCCAAUCUUGUUAUUCUCUUUGCUCCAUGCUGCCACAUAUACUAAAAAACUCCUUGAUGCAAAGGGUUCAAAUAGUUUGCCUCUGCUGAGAUCUGUCUUGGAUAAGCUAAAUGCUAAUCAACAGAAUAUUCUGAAAUUUAUUGCUUGUAAUGAAAUUUUCUUGAUGCCUGCUACAGUUUUUAUGCUCUUUAGUGGUCAAGGAAGUUUACUCCAGCCUUUUAUAUACUACAGAUUUCUUACUCUUAGAUAUUCCUCUCGAAGAAAUCCAUAUUGCCGGACCUUGUUUAAUGAACUGAGGAUUGUUGUUGAACAGAUAAUAAUGAAACCUGCUUGCCCCCUGUUUGUGAGAAGACUUUGUCUCCAGAGCAUUGCCUUUAUAAGCAGACUGGCACCAACAGUUGCAUAGUUUAAUAUCCAGUUAAGUUAUAUGUAAUAUAAGCAUUAUUAGCAGCUGGUACUUCUGCUAGGGGGUUGUAAAUUCCAGGUGUCACACUGACCUCAAUCCAAUUUAUAUAAUUUAUAUAAAUGCAUCUCAGUGGAAAAAUAAUCAUUUUCCUGGCAUGUUAAAUCAAGCCUUUUUAAAGUUUCUGAGAAAAUUUUACAGUGCUGCGUUGGUAAUGGUUAAAGAAGUUUGUAUCUUGUGAUAAAUGUACCAAAUUUGUUUUAGAUGCUGCUGUGCCUCUAUCAUGAAGUACAUUGAUUUCUCUUUUAAAGAAAAAAAAACUCAACCUAACUGGUAACCUGAGUUUAUAUCUGGCAUGAGUUCAUUAUGGUAAUAUUAAUACAUGUGAAUUCAGUAUAUUUUGAGACAGUGUUCUUUUGCCAUUCAGUAAUUUUGGUUGAUGAUGUUAGUAGUGCAUUUCCCACUGAAUUUAACUUCAGGUUGCUAUUAGAUUGAUUUUUGUGCUGCUUUGAUAGGACAGAUUCAUUUGGAUGUACCAUUAGAAGAGAAAUUCUGUAUGUAUCUUACUGUGACCUUCCAAGCUUUAUUUCCUUAAAUACUUGUGGCUUUGAAUAUUUAAAAAAGAAAAGAAAGAAAAAAGCUGAAAUAUAAGCUUGUUAACUGAUUAGAUAAAUAUUUGGAGUCAUUUAACCGUUUUACAACAGAAAGCAAUACACAGCUUUCCUUUGAGUAAUGUUUCUCAAAUAGGAAAUCUGUUUAUAAAUGUGGACACACAGGUUAUUGGUAUUAUUAUAGUUUGUAGAAUUAACCUAGCUCUGAUUCUUGACAGCCAGUCUUCUCAGUUUCUCAGGCUUGGAUUUUCGGGCACCUUUUGAAAGGAAUGUAACUGAAGAUUGAGGAUAUGUCCCCCAACUAUACUUGGUGUCUGUUCUGAAAUAAUAAUGAAGAUUAUUCUAUAGAUUACAUUUACCCAUCAAAUCUGAUUGAAAAGGUUAAAUGAAAAGGUUUAUAGGUAAAGUAAUUGGUUGAGAAUGGGGUUGGCGGAGGAGUUGUGGGGGAAUAGUGCACAUAGAUAAAUUUGGGGAACUGGGUGCAUUAUGCAAGUGUGAUUUGGGUUGUGUGAUAUAUUAAAUCCCGUUGAGCUUCUCUGAACUCCUUUAUAAAAUUGAUUUUGAUCUUUAUUACUAUUGCACGAUUAGAAAUGUUUAAAACAUUAUAAGAUUUUAGUACAGAGUAAUGUCAUGGUUUUUGUAGCUGAUUUUCUUCUGUCUGCAUGUAAUUUGGAUUUAUCAAAUACAUUCAUUAGUAACUUAACAAUAACAUCAGUUUUCUUUUUGUUCAACCUCCAAAUCUAGACAAAGAUGAUAUUCUUAUUGUAGAUUACAAAAAGUUCUAUUUGAUAGUUCUUCCUUGCUUGAAGUCAGCUGUAAUUAGCUAUUUUUGUAUUUUUGUAAGAUUAUCUACAAAGUUGGAGAAGCAGCUCAUAAUAUAGAGUUGAGUGUGUGUGUGUGUGUGUGUGUGUGUGUGUGUCUAGCCUCAUUAUCACCAUAUAUGUAAUCUGGUAGUUUAAAACCUAAAAUUUCUAGAGCAAUAAAGUGACUAUAAAGUUAAGUAAACAGCAUAUUGUUGAUUUCUAAUGAUGUUUUAAAAAAGUUUUGAAGUGUAUCAAGUUUUGGCAGCUGAAGAAGACAUUUAUUUUGAAAUUACUAGGUUUUUUUUUUGUUUUCUAUAAUUUUUUUUAAUCUUGAGAUAAUCUUAGAUUUAUAGAAGAGUUGCAACAAUAGUACAGAGAGUUUCCUGUAUAUCCUUUAUUCGUCUUCUCCUUGUGUUAACAUCUUACAUAACUAUAGAACAUUUGUCAAAACUAAGGAAUGAACUCUGGAACAAUGCUAUUAACUAAAGUAAAGAACUUAUUCAGACUCGCUAGUUUCUCCAUUUUUUAUUUUCUUUUUGUGUGCUUUGUUUUUACCAUGACCAUCUUUUAAUAACCUGUAAGUAUGUGUCUUUUUUUUUUAGUUUUUUCUCUUUGUUUUGAAAAUCAAAAAGAUUUUCACAAAGGAUAUAAAUUCAUGUUGGUUUUAACAUUAAAAUUACUGCAAAUGAAAACACUGCUUUAAAUUGAGACUGUCACAACUGGAUUAUAAAUCUCUGAUAUGCUUAUGUUUGAAUGGAAAUAGAGAUUUGGUUGGUCAUUAAAGGAAGGCACGGUUUAUAAUAAAACACUCCUAAACUCCUGAAAAAGUAAAUUUUACAAUUUGAGCAAUACUAGAUGUUUAGUUUGCAUGAAAUUAUAGUUAGAAAUUAUACAGUAUGAAUAUGUACAACCAGCUUAUUUGGCAUUGAAAUUAUAGUGUAACAUGUACAGUUAUCCAAUUAAAAUUAAGGAAAUAUAAUAGCAGUAUAUAGAAUGAAUGUGGUUUAAGAAAUUAACUUUUAUUGCAUAGCUAAACUUAUUUUUACUUACAGGUUUAAAAGAAGUUGAUUUAACAUUCAGAAUAUCUUAAUUCUUCAGGAAGUGGUAUAGUACCAUUUUUCUUUAGUACUUUUAUACUGAAGAAACCCUCUUGGACAGGUAGAAGCCUAAUAUAAAACCUGCUUUAUUCUAUAUUACUUUUGUAUACUUGAUUCUUCAUGAAUUUAAACUCUUUUAAUAUCAGUCAAAAGACAUUUCUUAAAUACAAUUUGUAUGUAAAUUUUUUUGGAAUGAGCAUCACUGAGAUAGAUGCUCCUGAAAGAAAGCCAGAAAGAAUACUAACCUUAGUAUUUUUUCUGAAAUAAAUUUGGAUGUUUAGGAAGCUCCUGUACAGAGAAAAUCAAGACAUGCUAAUUUUAAAGCAGAGGUUAUGGAUGAUCAGUGGCAUCUGUCAUAUAACCAAGAUUUGCAAAGCUGUUAAUUAGAAUGCUUCCUAAAAAUAAGGAUCAAAAAAUUCAGGUUAGGUGUAGAGGUUUAGGAUAUAAAUAUUGUUCAUCCUGGAAAGGAAAAUGAGUGUACGUAUAUAAUAAGCAGAACUGAAAGAUUUAAUUUUAAAAAUGUUUCAGUAGAGUGAAAUUAUUUUGAGGGAUGGUGGUAAAGAUCCUUAACGAGUAUUAAGGAAUUUAUUUUGAUUAAUAUAGUUAUUCUGAACCCCCUCUUCCUCAAUUAGGAUCUGCUAGUCUCAAAGCUCUCACUCAAAAUAGACUAAUUUUGAUACUUAUUCAGAAAUAAAAACCUCAAGGGAGAAAGUAGCCACAUACAGUUAUGUUUAUAAUCAGUAGGUGGCACUCUUUCCUCAAGUAGCCCCCAGUUGUUUCAGAUGCAGUGUUGAAAGGUCGCUAAAAGUGCUUGAGUCAGCCGUAAAACUAAGAAUCUGUACUUCACGGCCCUUUUAAUGUGUAAUUAUUUCAUGUUCAAUGCAUAUUUAGUAAACAUUUACUAUUCAUAAAUGUUCAAAACUGGAAGAAGUACCCUAUCAAUAUCUGUUUUCUAAGAAAACAGUAAAAUAGGCCACAGUUGGGAGUGGCCUUACUCAGAUCAUGGUCCGUUUUGUUUUGUUUUGUCAUUCUAAGUGCCUGACUCAUCUAAACACAUCAUUAUAAAACCAUUCUUGCUCCUUCUGUAUUUUCAGGCUGGUAGACACAUGUUACUUAAAAUUUGUUCAUUACCGUUUGGUAGGUAUACUAGAUACAGCAGUUCAACUUCUUUUAAAAAUCAGACUUUUCACAGUAAUUCAAAACCGUAGUGAAUUUUUUGGAUAUUCUAUCAAGAAUGGUAACUAGAUUUGAAAAUUCAUUUUGAGUUGACGAGGCAACUGGUUUCUCUCAACACCUUGUUGGAAUUUCUCUAGGGUUAGGAGAAUUCCACAGAGGCUAUAUGAUAGUAUAGCUCAAUAGAUGGUAUACCAAAGGCACAUAAAUUCAGGAGUUAGUCCCACGGAUUGUUUUAAUGAGCAGACUUCAUAAUAUUCUGGGUGGGAGAUUAUUAUUGGGCAUUGUAUUAAGUAUAAUGAAAGAACUGAUAGAAGAUUGGGGAGGUUUCUUGGGAGUAAUUAUUUUUGGAAAUGUUUAUCUUCUGACGUGGUAUUCAGGUGGGGUUCUUUCGCAGGAACCCUUUCCAGUGUGUGGGACUAACUCCACUAGCCUUUUGUCUCCUGUGCAUAUAGGAAAACUGACCUGUGUUGAGUUUGAGUUGAUGUGACAAGAUGUAAUGAAAGUGCAGUAUUUUUUAAAUCUAAAACAGAUUCUUAGGAAAGGAUAGGAAAAAAUUAUAAACAGAUAUAUUUGCUGGAAUCUAAAAAGCACCUCAUGUUCUGGAAGAAAGAACGGGCCCAAGAAUCAUUUUACUUUUUCCUGCAUAACUUCAUUUGAAACUAUUUUUUUGAUGUGCUUAGCACUUUGAAAUUAACUUUCUUUUCUCAGUUCAUGACAGUUUAAUGUCAAACUUUUACUCUUGUUCCUUUGUAACUUUGAAACAGAACAGUUCCUUCUUCGCAUGAAAUUUUGCCUACCUAUGUAUAAUAUUUGUGAGUUGAGGCCAAAUAGGCAAAGUGUUGGGCAGGUGACAUUUAUGAUGUGUGUAUAUUGGAACAAAUGUAAAAGGGUUGCAAAGAUUAGAAACAGUCAUAAAAAAAAAAGAUUUAUAAAUGCAUUACUUCUGGUGCUCUAUAUAAUGGGAUAUAUUGAAGUAAAAAAUUUGUAUAUGCAGUAUGUCAGCAUUUCUUAAUAACUUCUCUCAAAUCCAUUUUUAAUAUCUAAUAUUGUACAGGUUGGGGAGUUUUACUCUUCAGGCCAAUACUAUCCAGACUGUAUAAAUUUAUAAAAUAAAUUGAAAAAUUCAUCAU